CUUCCACCUCUCAAUGGCAAGGAAUCGAGGAUCCCGGCCGUGGACAAACUAGCCGCGACUCAACGCGAACAACUGGAGUCUUCCUGGAGUCAAACCCCAAAAUAGACUUCAAGGAGCUUGUCGACUGCGCCAAAAGCACGAAACUCUGUCGGUCCCCCUCUCCGGCCGGCUUCAAUAGUCUGGAAAUGGAAGAAAAUAGAGAAGGGCGCUUGUCAAGUCCGGUUGCGGUGAUUGCCUGCGUAGCCAUGACCUUCUUCUAUGUUACGAUACUCUACGCUCCAACCUUGAUCCUCCGUCUUCCGCCUCCGUCUUCCUUCAAGAAUUUCAUGAUCCGACGGUUCGUAUGCGCCGUUAUUUCUUCUAUUGUCUCUGUUAUCGUCUCCGCGCUUAUCCUCCCUGUAAGCCACCCCUUUCCGUACGUCACUUUCCCAUCACAUGUUGAUAUGGUGUAUGAACAGGCACCAAUAACUGAGGAGUUGGUGUUUAGAGCAUGUAUGAUACCUAUACUUCUCUGUGGAGGAUUCAGAAUAUACACUGCAAUCUUUUCGUGCCCUGUAUUCUUUAGCUUGGCACAUUUAAACCAUUUUAUGGAGGUGUAUACCCGGCAAAACUUUAGCUUGUUGAAGGCCACACUUGUUGUUGGUCUCCAGCUUGGCUACACUAUCGUUUUUGGUUGGUAUGCUUCGUUUCUCUUUAUUCGUACAGGUUCUCACACUCAGUUCUAUGUAAAUGUGAAGUUCAUAUUUCUCAUUAUAUCUAUGUCAGGACUAGUUACUGUGGCAUUUAUAGCUGGAAUGGCGGCAUUCCUGUGGCUUCUUUUUCCUGUAACACAGCCAGAGUUUUACAACAACAGAACACAUGAUUGCCAAUGUUGGAAAGGAUAUUGUUCAUGGAACUGAUUCCCUAAAUCUUUGAAAUGAUUACAACCGUGAGUACCUAUAUGAUUCUUCUCCCCAUUUUUUUAGUAAUUAGCAUAAUAGUGUAGUAAUGUGGUGACAUUGUGAAGUAAUAAGUACUUACACCACCAUGUUAAUUCAUUAUUAGACAGAGGGACCGUAGAUUUUCCUCAGGAUUUGCUUUUGUGACCUAGCAAACUAGAAGAAAAUUAAGAUGGAAAAUGUGAAGGAAAUUAGUUCUCCGGGCAAGUAAUUCUCUGUACCUUUUCUGAUGGUUUUGAUCUCUCUACUUCUUUCUCAUGUAUAGCUUGUUGGUGUUUUCACUAGUUGUUUUUUACAUGUGAACACGAGAGUUGAACUCUUAA